GCCACAUAUAUAUGUAUAAGAACGGUCAAUAUAUUCUUCGUGUUCUUCUUCGUCUUGUUCCCAGUUCCGUCUGUUACUCCGCUUUUCCACCAAAGGACUCAACUCCAUUAUUGAGCACCAUGGAAGCUCUGGCAUCCUCAACAACAACCGCCAUACUAUCUCCUUCUCUCCCAAUCUUUUCCCCUCUCAAAUCCAAUCGCCUUUCCUCCAAACGCAUCCUCCGCUUCUCCGCCUCUCCCAGAGGUAACGGGAACGAGCCCGAUCUCCGAUCCAAUUCCAAUGACUCGAGCCUGGUACCGAUCCUUUCCCAGGAUGCGGCGAUGGGAUUGGUUCUGAGCGCGGCGAACGUUCGAGGAUGGACUACCGGGUCGGGGAUGGAAGGGCCAUCGGUUCCGGCGGGUUCGAACCCGGAAACCGGAAUGGAGCAGGUAUCUACCUUCCCUUGGUCCCUCUUCACGAAAUCGCCACGACGUCGUAUGCUAGUUGCCUUCACUUGUAAAGUCUGCGGACAACGCACAACUCGCGCCAUCAAUCCUCAUGCUUAUACAGACGGCACAGUCUUUGUUCAGUGUUGUGGAUGCAAUAUAUAUCACAAACUGGUGGAUAAUUUGAACCUGUUUCAUGAUAUGAAAUGCUAUGUGAAUUCAAGCUUUAAUCCAAAUCCAGAUAACAGCCUUGGGUUUAAGUAUUUUGACUUGGAUGAUGACAAUGAAGAUGAUAUACCACAGCAUUUUUAAGGUGAAGUUUAAGGAACCAGAAAACAAAAAAAGUUUGCAGUUCUGUAUAUUCCAUUGUCUCCUAUCACCAUAGAUGCCUGCCUUAUUGCUCUUGUAAAUACUCUGUACACUUGUAUCCUAAGUUAAUAAGUCUGCUCAAUAAGUAUUACUAGUGAUUGAUAUGUAAAGGACCUGCGAUUCAUACCGUAUUUGUAUUGCUAGAUACUCCUCUGAUCUCUAC